UGAUUAAUUAAUUAGAUUGGGGGCAAAAAAAAAUUGCCUUAGAAUCUUGGAUUGCACCUGUAUAGGCAAAUCCCAAGGAUUUGGUGAUGCCAAGAUUACAUUCAAUCGAAGAAGCUUGGAAUCUCUCAAUUGCCGCCCCUGUUUCUUAAUCUUCUUCUAAAUUUUCUUUUCUAUUCAUAUAUCUCAUUUCAAAUCUCAUCCUAUUUAUAUCCAUUUCCCACUCUUUCCAUAUAUUUAUACUGGCUCUCUAAUGAACUGCCAUUUCUUUCGCCGUUUAUGGCUACUUUUAUUGAUAAUCUUAAGAUUUUGGAGCUUUCUUGGCUCAUCAAAGAGUUCUGAUAAUUCAGAAUUCUCUGUUUUGAAUCCGUAUUGGGAUAAUUCUGAAGGAGUGGCUCGAAUUGGCGGCAGAUCUCUCUUGUCUCUUCCACUGAAAAGUAAAAGUAGUACUGCUCUUAUUGCUGCUUUGGAUGGAGCAAUUCAUUUGGUGGAUAGUAAUUCCAUGAAGAUAAUUUGGUCAUUUAGUUCUGGACCACCAAUCUACUCAUCAUAUCAAGCUAUUAUCAAUCAUGAACACAAUCAAGAAAACGCUUCAGGUGUGAGCAGAUCCUUCUUUUUUGAUUGUGGGGAUGAUUGGGAGCUGUACAUACACACAGAGCAUGGUAAAAUGAAACUACCAAGCACAAUUGACGAGGUUGUUAGAAAUACACCAUACAUAUUUGAGGAUGGUGCAGUGAUGACUGGUUCUAGGAAAACUACAGUUUUUGAGGUCGAUCCUGUGACUGGAGAUCUUAUUCGUAAUCACAUGUCUAAUAGUUUGUCAUCUGAACUAAACAAUGAAGGAAUUGGUGGUUAUAAAUCUAAAAAGAAUCUAGACAUUAAGGAUUUGAUGCAAUCUGCUGUGAUGAACCCUGUUGGGCCACGUUUGUACAUCACAAGAACGGAUUAUUCUCUGAAAUCAUCUUUCUCGAAUUCUGAAGAAGUUUCUUGGAGUUUGAAUGUUGCUGAAAUCGGAGCUACCUUACUCUGUCCAGAUGUUGAGAAUCCAAUAGAAGGCAUUCCUUGGAUUCUUCAAAAUAAUAAUAGUUUUGGAGUUGAUUUUGCUAUGCCAUUGUCUUGCCAAUCAAAAGCACUUGUCUUUCGUGAACGAAGCCAUUUUUUGUCAGGACCGUCUGGGUAUAAAAGACUAUCAGAGGCUCAUAAUAUCGAUAAUAUGUCUUUAGUGCCUGCUUCAGGUUCAUUACUUCCUUCCCAAUUAAAUGUUGCUGAACAUAUAGACACUCAUCCUGAAAAGUUUAUGCUUCAUGGGCCUGUUAACAUUGCCUCUUCUGCCGUAGGUUCAAUGCCUUUUAAUGAAUCAAGUAUUAUUCAGGAACAAAAAAUGGGGGCUCGUCCUGGAGCUGUUGGAUUGUUUUUUGUAUUUCUGAUAACCAUGCUAGUGGGAUUGAUGAUGUAUGGCAGGACAUUGGCUGUACAGGUAAAACAAUUUUUCUUAAAAGAGAAAUCAUCUAGUACUUCUAAUUCAAGAGUUAUCUCUUCAAAGAAAAACAAACCCCGAAAAUCGAAAAGAAGUGCAAAUUCUGGGAAAAGAGAUGUUUCUAUUUCAUCAGAAAUUGGAGAUAUGUUUAUGCAAAGUGAGGAUAAUCUUAAUAACGGGUUUCACAACAAUAAUCUUACCAAUAUUGCUAGUAGUGGACGUUGGAUUGGUAAAUUAUUUAUAACCAACAAAGAGAUAGCCACGGGUAGUAACGGUACAAUUAUUCUUGAGGGAAUAUAUGAAGGCCGACCAGUUGCUGUGAAACGCCUUGUGAAGACUCACCAUGAUGUUGCGUCUAAAGAAGUUCAAAAUUUGAUUGUUUCUGAUCGUCACCCAAAUAUCGUUCGAUGGUAUGGGAUGGACAGUGAUCAAGAUUUUGUAUAUCUUUCAUUGGAACGGUGUACUUGUAGCCUUGAUGAUUUGAUUCAGAUUUACUCUAAUUUAUCCAUGAACUAUAUGCCUGACUUGGAUCGAGCUACUGGGCGCAUGGAUGAGUAUAAUAUGCAUUUGGAGUCUAUCAAAGAUUCUAUGCCAAAUUUGAAAUUGUGGAAAGAAACUGGUCGUCCAACAUCAGUUCUUCUAAAACUCAUGAGGGAUGUGGUAGCUGGGCUUGAGCAUUUGCAUGAGUUGGGGAUAAUUCAUCGGGACUUGAAGCCACAGAAUGUGUUGAUAGUUAAGCAACAAUCUAUAUGCUCAAAGCUUUCUGAUAUGGGAAUCAGUAAGCGUCUUCCAGCCAAUGUGUCGUCCUUGGGACAUCGUGCCACUGGUUGUGGGAGUUCUGGUUGGCAAGCCCCUGAACAGCUUCUUCGGGGACGACAAACACGUGCAAUCGAUUCGUUUAGUUUAGGUUGUGUUCUCUUUUUCUGCAUCACAGGUGGUAGACAUCCAUUUGGUGAUCAUCUUGAGCGUGAUGUAAAUAUUGUGAAAAACAAGAUGAACUUGUUAUUGGUGGAUAACAUCCCAGAAGCUGUAGAUCUUAUUUCUCAAUUGUUAAAUCCUAACCCUAGUUUGAGACCAAAAGCAUCAGAGGUGUUACGACAUCCUUUAUUUUGGAGUUCAGAGAUGCGGCUUUCUUUUCUUCGCGAUACUAGUGACAGAAUAGAGUUGGAAGAUAGGGAGACUAAUCUCUUGAAAGCAUUAGAGAGCACUGCACCACAAGCUUUAGGCACUGAAUGGGAUGAAAAGAUGGAACCAAUUUUCAUCGCUAACAUUGGUCGGUAUAGGCGUUACAAGUAUUAUAGUGUUCGAGAUUUGUUGCGAGUUAUGCGCAAUAAAUUGAAUCAUUAUAGAGAAUUGCCAGAAGAAAUUCAGGAGCUCAUUGGAUCUAUUCCGGAGGGAUUUGAUGACUACUUUACUAGAAGGUUUCCAAGACUCUUGAUUGAAGUUUACAAAGUUAUAAGUUGGUUUUGUAGGCAAGAAGAAUGCUUCCAGAAGUACUUUAAAAGCCAUGUAGACUAAAUUAUCAGAUGCCAACAAUGCAUUAUGGUCAUGUUUAGAACACCAAUUUGCAUGCAUACAACUGUAAAUAUAUAGCUGAAAUAGAUCUCAAAUACUGUCCAGUUUACAAAGUACUAUAAUUUGUACACGGUUACAAAAUUU